CAUCACCGGGAGAGGAAGGAGAAUGAGGAAGUGGUUGGAGCAGGACCGAGCAGGACUGGACUUGGAGAUGUAACUACCAAUGCAGCAGCAGCAGCUGUCAGGACCUUACUAGCUAGGCAGCUAGACAAUAAUAGUAAUAUUUGACAAUGCGAUGGGUAACUGCUGGGCAUUCUGUGUUGGGCUCUUCAGGAGAGAAGCCAACAGGAUCCAGAGAGGAGGCGGGUCAAAAUACUUCCGAAGCACCACCACAGGGGAACAUUAUACGAUUGAGUUUGAAAAUCUGGUAGAAAGUGAUGAGGCCGAGAGCCCACAGCCCUGCCCGAGGCCAAUCAGUGAAGAUGAGAUCAAACACCUCAAAGAGCACCGCUACACUGCGCUCUCAGACAGGCAGCUCCUGAUCGACCAGAAGAUACAACUGGAGUUAGAGGCACAAGAGGAGAAGUUAAGGCUAGAAGAGGAGGCUAGAAUUGCCGCCCAGCGUGAGGCCGCCAGGUUGGCGCGUCAACGAAACUUGAAGGAGCAGCUGCCUGCCCAGAGGACACGGGGGAAAGCAGAUGGCUCCGGCGGUGAAACUCAGCAAAGAAAGCAAAACGCUGGCGAGGAUUUUGACGUCUACCUCCAGAAUGUGAAAGCCCAGUCGGACUCUUUCAGGGGCAACAGACUGCCGUCUGACACGAACGUGGUGACCCCCAACACAGAGUGCAGCUGGGACUUCACCACCAAGACCCGCUCCACCAACGAUGACGGGACCUCCCUGGAUCUAGAGUGGGAAGACGAGGAAGGAAUCAAUCGUGCACUCCCAGCCUGGGAAAGGUCCCGGACGGAGGAGGACAUCCUGCGCGCAGCCCUGCGGCCCGGCGCCAAGCAGAUGAACAGCGGCCCGACCUCGGCCUCCGAGGACUCCAACGCACUGGAGUGGGAGAAUGAUUUUGUGAGUACCCUUCCUGAGGACAGUGCAAACACUGAUUUUGAGGGGUUUGUCAAUCCUGUCCUAGACACUCCCUCUGAGGACGCAUCGGACCAUGGCCUCAGUUUGGACAACCAGGACAGAUAGUGUCCAGCACCAAAGGAGACGUUUGUUGUGUCCGCUUCAUGUCAAAGCUCACCAGCUUUUUGCCUCAUGAAACUUAAAAUGUACCUACUUGCUCCUCAUAUUUUCUGUAAUAUGGGAGUCUGAUGCUGCGGGGAAUAUGUUGUGUAUUUUACUACAGUACAACGUAGUGAUAUCUUUAUCAAAUACUCAUUUUUUUUCCAGUGCCUUCAUUUGCCAUAUUAGCCGACCAUUCAUGCAUUGUAACUUGAACAGAUCAGUUAGCAUCCACUACCAUUUGACACAUUGUUCAGUAAGUGCUCAUUGUCAACGCACAGAGUCCAGGUGAUCAUACAGAAAAUGCCAAGAUACUCUAAAGUAAGAGCAGAUGGCUGCUUUGGUGGCUGUAUGUUAAAAAAUCACUCAUGGAAAUGACAUAUUUCACUGGUUGUAGGGAGAGGGGGUUCAUGGAGUGUAACUUUAUUAAGUUACUUUUUAAAUGCCAGCAUGGCCAUGUCUCUGCAUUUGACCUAUCCUAAUUAUUUAGUCAGUCGCAGUGCGGUGCCUUGGGGACCAACUGCAGUUCUGAGGCCAGUGCCUUGGUCAGUGGCAAUGCCGAGAGAAUUCCAGCAUGUCUUUUUGUGUGUGUGUGUGUGUGGGGGGGGGGAGAAACCCUGCACAAACACAGGAAAAAAAAGCAUCAACAAACUAUGAAAGAAGUCCUUGCUCAGCCCUCAGUCUCUCGGCUUAGCUUCAGCUCAUAAAGCUGUUGUAUGACUGCACAAAAAAAAGGAACUGAAUGCCUUUCUCCAGUCUAUUGGGGUGGUGAUGGGUUAUUACCAUCAUCUGAAUCAUGCACAUCAUUUCAGUCAUACUUUUUAUAUACAUUUUUCUCACUGUUUGAUUGACAGCAUGUCAUCAAUGCCGCAGCACCCUCAAAUAAUGCAUGGAUUCUGUGCAUGCACUCUGACGAGACUCCCCCCUCCCUCUGCUCCAGUUAGGCGUAAUAAAAGUAAUAUUGCCAAUUUGGGACCUAUCAAAUGUAAAACUUCGUAACUGUAAUGUGUAUUAAAUGUGUCGGUCUUUCAGGGCUUACAGUCUUGUGUUCACAAAAAUUCAAAAACAGAAGCCCAAGCAUGAAAACACUUACUGAUAUGCUCAGUAAUUUAUGUUUGUAAAGAUACACAUUUCCAUUAGAGAACAUCUGCCAACAAGAGACAUUUUUAUAAAACAUAAUUAAACACAUACAAUGAGCCCAUUGGUCUAUUUUAGGACAUCUGGGUUUUAAACUGCCCUUUUUCCCUUUUCUUUAUUUGACACUUAGAUGUUAUUAGAUCUCUUUUGUUUUUUAUGUCAAAAACAAUAGCACAGAACAGCAACAUCAUUGCCAAGCACCAUGACAUCCACACCACAAACACACAUGGAUUAUAAAGGACAGCAGGUCUUUGUGCCUCUCUAUAUUGUUAGCAUAUCCAUGGUUGGGAAAGCAUGCAGCAAGCCACAUUCCUUAUUGCAACAAAUAUAUUAUUUAAACUGGCCUUUUUUCAUAGAUGGACAGCUUCUAAACAGCAUCUUUUUGAAAUACCAGUCAUUCCAAUCAGCUGGUUCUCUGGUUCAUGGUGAUAAACCAGGGUUUCCGAUAACAGCCUGGAAAGUAUGGAAUGAAAUAGAAAUCCUCACAUUUGAGAGGCUGCAAUAAGCAAUAUUUUGGUAGCACUAAUUCUGGCCGUUAUUCACGAUCAAAGUCAGAAAUGCAAACAACUGGGGUAAAGCUAAAUUAUUAAACUCUUAAUGUGGAUAGUUGUUCUGAAAUACAGGGGACUCAUUGCAGAAUAUUUUAUAUUUAUCAACUUAAAAGAAAAAGACAAUUUCUGAUUGGUUGCUUGCAGGAGACAAAUAAUUUUUAAGAGACUUUUUAUUUAAUCUGAUGUGAAAUCCAAACCAGUUACGCUGAACUAAAACCAUGUAUAAAUCAUUAUCUGAUGGGUGUUUACUGCUGAUAAUGAAAGCAAUACUUUGUGAAGAUUGUGUGAGUGGAUUAGAAAAGUUUAAAGUUACCAAACAUGCAAACGUGACUCUUGAGCUGUAAACGGUGUCAUGUCCCUACAGUAGAUCCAAUGCUGCUCUCCAAUGAAGGAACUGCUUGUGCUUUCCUAUCCUGAUCAUUUGACCCAUCUCGUACUUGGGACAAUAGUGUUUCACAUUGAUCAUUUAAUCUGUUUGAAUCAAAAGUAGUUCACUGAUUGCACUUGUGUGUGGAUUUUUUUAAUUUGGUGUUAUCAUCAGCUUCGCUGACAUGAUUCACGUGUGAAGAGGAAACUGAUCUGAGAAACGUGCGCUGCUGUCGAAGUGAUUAGACGACACGCGGGUUGAUUUGCAGACAUUUUACUUCUCAAUAUUUGUAAUUUUAAAAAAUAGUGUUGUGUUGAACACAUUUCACUAUUGUUUUGCUGUGAUUACAUGAUCUGUGAAUAAUCACUAAUUUUCUGUAAAAUAAACCUGUAACUUAACAACCCUUGUCACACUGAGCCUGAGAGAAAAAAAAAAAAAGUACAGAAAAAUGUAUAUACAUACACUUUUUUUUUUUUUUUUAACAGAACCAUCAUCAUCAUAACCUUAAUCAGUAAAUUGUUGAUGUGAAUUUUGUUAUUUUCAAGGCAAUAUUUCACACUGGCCAAAUGUUUGAAUGUUUCUAGUGCACACACCUAACGUACAGUACAAGACUCCAGGGUGAACUACAGGCAGCGCUUAAACUAAGUCAGUUAUACUUGUAUCACAAUACACAAGUCAGUUCCUUACUAAGAUUGGGAUGUUGCACAAAGAUGAAAUAUCACUCUUUUUAUCCCUUUUUUUUUAACAUUGCACUGUUUCUUUGAUUGUGUCUUGUUACGGCUCAGUUGGUUUAACACUGCACCACUGUUGUCUGGGGGUUUGAGUCCCUUUUCUUUUUUCAGAAAAAAAUACUGUAAGCUCAUCCACCAAAGCCUAUUUACACUGUACAGCUAAUCAUUUUUAUUAAAGUUGGUACUAGUAUCUUA